GAUUUAGCUUUUGUGCCAUAUUUCUCACUUCCUCUGCGUGAGGACUGUGUGAGAUGGCCUGUGAACAUGACAGAGCGGUUCUCCGGGCUAUAUUCAACCCCACCACCCCCUUCGGAGACGUCCCUGCUCUGAACCAGGAGGAAGAAUUAAUUGAUGAUGACAGCGGCUUUGACACCGACCUGCUGAAGCAGGUGAAGGAGCUGGAGACGCGCGGCGUCUCGGCGGCGGAGGCCGGGGAUCUGUGCGCUGCACUUCAACUGUUCAGCCAGGCAGUUCAGAUGCUGCCUGAGCGCGCCUCGGCCUAUAACAACCGGGCGCAGGCCCUGCGGCUGCAGGGGAACACAGCAGGGGCGCUGGCGGACCUGAACCGAGCCGUGUCUCUGAGCAGCGGCGCCGGGCGCAGCGGCUGCCAGGCUCUGGUGCAGAGGGGCCUUCUCCUCAGAUUAGCGAGCCAGGAUGAAGAGGCCAGAGCAGACUUCGAGAAAGCAGCGGCCAUGGGAAGUGAAUUCGCUCGCCAGCAGGCUGUGGCUCUGAACCCAUACGCCGCCCUCUGCAACACAAUGCUGUCAGCCGUGAUCAACAAGCUCCGCAACCCUGAGGUGCCUCAGUAAACAUUUCACCCUGUGUCUGUUUUUGUUACUAAAGUCUGUGGUCAAUAAAAGAUGCAAUAGUUCCUAA